CACACGCCAGUGAGAAACAAAGUGUCAAAUACUAGGAACUACCACUCUCAAGAGGUUGUCUGUUCUGUGGACUUGCCUUCUGUCUUGACGCAAUCCUUUGGCGGUGUCUAUCACCUUCACCACAAUCAUCAUUACAUAGCGUUCUACCGCUCAUAACAAUUUGUUAAACCCAGCUCAACGUCGACAAGAUGUUUCUCCAAGCAAGAGUGAACGAUGCCCUCAACCACAACCCGCCUUCGGGUAGUGAGCACCUCAAUGUCCACGGCUCCGAUUGGCUAUGGGCUGUGACUGCUGUCUUCGCCCUCCAAUUUGUUGUCUUCUUCGUUCUCUCGGCAAUUCACAAAGGCGAGAAGAUCUUUCACUACAUCUUCACAAUUACAUUGCUCGUUGGGUCCAUUGCCUACUAUGCCAUGGCUUCCGACCUGGCGUGGGAUGUCAUCGGCCAGGUUGACCACGCCGGGAACGGUGACCGCCAGAUUUUCUUUGCAAAAUAUGUCUACUGGUCUGUGUCUUUCCCUGCGGUCAACAUCGCGCUGGGUCUCAUCAGCGGUGUCUCCUGGGCUACGAUCGCUUAUACUGUCUUCUUGUCUUGGACCUGGGUUCUCGCCUACCUCUUCACGGCCUACACAGACUCCACCUACAAAUGGGGCUUCUACGCCUUUGGGACCAUAGCCUACCUCCUCCUGGCCUACGAGACGCUCUUCGAAAGCCGCCGCUCUCUCGCAGGCCGCGAUCUCGGUGCCGUCCGCACGCACCACCUCGGCCUCGCGUCCUGGGUCAACCUGCUCUGGCUCAACUACCCCAUCGCCUUUGGCAUCUCUGACGGCGGCAAUGUCAUUGGCGUCGUCGGCAGCUUCAUCUACUUUGGCAUCCUGGACGUGCUGUUGGUGCCCGUCGUCGCGGGCGCGUUCCUCUUCCUGGCCCGCAGGUGGGACUAUGGCCGGAUGAAUAUUGCUUUUACGCAGUAUGGUCGCGUCCGGGCGGCGCCGGGCACGUUCCCUGAGAAGAACAAUAAUGGUGAUGCUGCUGCUGCUGCUACGCCUGCGGGCGGGCCAGUCAACGAUGUCCCUGCUGUCUAGGGGUCAUGAGGCUGACAAGGCUCACGUCGCCGCCCUUGCUCUUAAGAUGAGAGGCAUCGCGAGAAGCAGUGAGAGGAGGGGGGAAGAGACACACAAGAGUUGACUUGGCCUGUCAUCUUCGGACUGAGGUGACGAGACAAGAUGGCCAUGUCAGGGGAUGAAUGGCGAACACGAAAGUUGUGAGACAAAGGUGUCGAUGAAAGUGAACACACCCUCGUUACACGAGUUUUACGAUGAUUUUCUUUCUGUUGAGAUACCGAUAUACCCUCUUUUAUUAUUUAUUGACCGUGGAAUGCAAGAGCAAGGGUACUGGGCGCGAAAAUUGGUUAAUUCAAUCGAGUCGUUUCAUAACGGCACUUGGCUAAUAAUUAGUUAAUUAAGACAUUGGUACCCUUCUCAAUUAUUGUAAUAUCCUG